UCAGGCGGAGCACGGCCCCGCGCCGCCCGCGAUGACGUCCCCACGACACGCCAACCUGCACCCCUGUGCUUGCGGCUCGGGGACAUUUCCGCACUGGAGCGGAGCGUCGCGUCCUCGUCCGAAAUACACUCUCCCUCCACCGCGACGAAAGAGUGGGGGUAAACGACCCUUAAAUCGGUACACAGCGUUCCCUGUUACUCCCUCUCUUUCUCCCCAACCCCUCGCCCCGUCACAUCCCCCUUCCUCUCCGCCUGCCGUUCAUAGGGGUUGACACGCCCCCGUCGCCCAGUGGGGGGCGGCGCACGAGAUGUCAGAGUGUGUCGGAAGCCAGCGAUGGGAACGGGGGCCCGCGUCGGAGGGAGCGAGUCCGUGCCGGGCCACCCUGGCGAGGCCGGCGAGGCCAGCGAGGCCCGGCCGACAAUCGGAUUCGUGGGCGGGACCUGCUUCCGUUUCCGCCGGCCACACGGUCGCCCUGCGCCGAGAUGAAGUCGUCUCCCUAGCCGACGACGCCGCGCGCGAUGGCAGCCGUGGCCGCUCGACGGUCGGCGUCCGCGCAAAGAUCGGCGUCUGCGCGGACGCUGGACGUCAGGACGGGCUCGUACUCUGAGCCGACCCCGUCCACCUUGUCCAGGGAGCUGUCCUUCUCCAAGACAGUCUCUUCGGCUGAUGCCUUCAUCGACGUCGUCCCCGAAGCGCUGUCUUAUGAGGAGCUGGAGGAGGCGGUGACGCUGCUCGUGAAGGCCAACCUCAUGCUGCGCCUGGAGAACGAGAUCUUCCACGAUAAGCUGUACAUGGAUACCCCCGACCUGCUUGCAGGCUUAUCAGAGAUUAUCGAGCUCGAGAAGAAAGAGGAGGCAAUCGCUCAGCAGGCCUCGCCCAAAGCCGAACAGGAAACGGGUGGGGUCGAGCCGGAGAGCGAGCACAAGUUGGAGAGCUUGCACAAGCAGGAGAGCGUCAAGCUGGAGAGCGUGCACAAGAUGGAGAGCUUGCACGAGGAGGACGGCGAGUCCGGGUCCCCGACGCCAACCCCACCACCGUCACGGUCCCUCAGCCGCUCCGACGAGCCCCCGCGGGCCCGCUCCAGGAUAACGUUGUCCGCGGUCUCGGACACGCUCAGCAGCACCGCCCGCCUGUCGGCCAUCCGCGCGAAGGCCGCCGCCAAAGCCUCGGCCCGGGCCUCGGCCGCCAAGGCCAAGAGCAGCAAGACGGGGUCUCUGGACAGGGUGCCCAGGAUGAGCUUCAGCCAGCGCAUGGACCUCGCGGAGGAAGCCACCCACCUGACGACGCAGCGGACGCAGCAGCUCGUCUCCCGCGCCGAGGCCCAGGCCGCGGACCUGCGCGCGCGCGCCGAGGAGGCCCAGGUCCGCCUUGGGGAGACGCUCGCCGCCUACCACUCGCUCGACACGGGCGUCACGGACAAGGCCCAGGGCGACGCGCACGUCAGCGGCAGAACGUCCGGGGAGAAGCUCAACAGGUACAUGACGGACUGGGUGAAGCAGGCCGACGCCACCAUCGACAGGAUACGGCUCAAGGUGAGCUCGCUGCGCGCGCACCACCGGCGCGUCCGGGAGAACAUCGCCGUCAAGCGGGAGCUGGGCGACGCGCUGCGGCCCGUCGACUUCGACAAGAUUCGCAUCGAGAUCGAGGAGCUGAACCGGAAGAUCGAGAGCAACAGCCAGCACCUGAACGACCUCAAGGGCAUCUCCGGCAGCGCCACGUCCAGACUCCUCGCCGGCAAGAAGCGCUUGUCGGACCUCAGCAAGCACCUCGAGGCCAUCCGAAAGGAGACCGCCGCCAAACGGAACCAGAAAGCGGCCCUGGAGCUUGAGGAGCAGAAGGUGCUGGAGGAUGUGGGCAGAGCUGACACGGCGCUGAAUGCGGUGCGCAUGCGGAUGGAGAGGCACACGGCGCCGGACGUGCUGGUGUACGUGCGCCUCAAGCAGGACCUGGACCUGCUCCGUCGCGACGUGGUGGUCUGGGAGCGGCGGUGCAAGAUCCAGCAGCAGACGGCGCGGGACCUGCGCCGGGCCAUGGGUAGAGCCAGCACCAGCACAAGGGCCGUGCGGGGCGCGGGCGGCGAGGGGCCGGCGGUGCCGGGUGGAGGCCACGGCCGCAGGGGCGGGCACGCCGCCGAGGAAACGACCAACGACGCCACGGACUCGUCUUCGGGCAGGGCAGGCCCACCGACGUCCGCACCCAGAAGGCGGAGGCCGCGUCGUCGGCAAAGUCAGAGUCGCGGCCGCGCGCACGCACCGAGCAGCAGCAGCAGCAGCGCCUGCGGGAGCGGGCCAAGUGGCAGAAGCAGCAGCUGCAGUAGCCGCCACAGCAGCCAAUCUACCGGCUAGGUAGAAACCAGGGUAAAUUUGACAAGCAAUCGAAGAAAGAUGAGUAGAUAAACUUUUUAAUGAAAAACGAUUACAUAUCUUUCAUAAACAACAUGGGUUAUAAACAUCACAGCAUAAUAUUUUUUGGCACUCAAAUAAUAAUUAGGAGAUCAAGGCACAAAGAUUUUUUUAAAAAUUAUAAAUGGAAUGAGAGGCAAAGAAACCAAAUAAUAUCACCAUUAGAGCUUAAAUUUAACUUAUGGCAUAAUAAUCUCUGAUGAAAACUUGUCCAUUUGGCAGAUAGCAUGUGCCAUUCAUCUAUUCAAAUACUGUGAUUUAUCUAGUCUAGCCUAAUAGUGAAAGCUUUGUGUUAGCCUUCGUGGGCAAGGUAUAUUAUGAUGAUACAUGAGUAUUGAAGGACUAAGUGCUGGUUCUCUACAUUGUAGUGGAAUAUCAUUCCAGAUAAUUACAAUUUUCUAAGGAGUGCGAUCUGCAGUAUAUGGAAAGCAGAAUUAUUUAAGAUUGUGGCACAAUUGAAUAUUGUCCUGCUUAAGUCUUUGGGAAUUUACACUUCAGCAUUAGAAAAAAAAAUGCUAAAAGGAUAAGAACACAGAACAUCCUGCAUUCAAUUACACAUUAUCACAGGCAGGGAUAACACUGUAGUUAGGAGCCCCCAUCCCCAAACAUGGAUUAACCACAAUGCCACUUGAAUGGCAAAUGUAGUACUUAUCAAAAGCUAAGGUAAAUGCACAAUUGAAGAGCAAAAAUUAAGACUAACCCCAACAUGAUCAAGUAUAACAAAAUACAUACCAGAUGAGAUGUAAAACUUGAUGUAACACAGCUGGAAAAAUAUACCUACGCAUGUCAGUAACGUGAAUUACUUUCAUGCAAAAACUGGAAGCACUCUAAUAAAGAGUCACUAAUAAAAAUAAAA